AUGGAAUACGGGUCCUCAUUUAGAAACAUAAUUGAGACCAAGGCGAACGCUGGGCUAUGUGCUGGGACGCUGGUUGUCCCAGACACAGCAGCAGCCUUGAUGCCUCACCAUCAUCAGACACGGUUCAUUGUGCAUCCCACCAUGUUAGGUUUGCGCCUCCACAUUGCAGUCUUCGCAACGUGCGGCGCCGAACUUUCCGAUAUCAGCUCAUACGUUCCAGCUUACGUCAAGAGUCUUCAUGUCUCGCACUAUGCGGAGAGGGUUCCUGAGGACCAACUCCGAGUCUUCGCAUCGGCGGAGACAAGCGAGGCGACGAAUGCAAUAAAUGCGACAGUGGCAGUGUUUGAUAAUGACGAAAGAACCACUGAAAGGAGACCUGACAUUGAGAUAAUCGUAAUAUGGCCACUAAGCUGCCAACCAAAGGUUCGAACAAUGAUCUGUGCCUAA